AUGCCGCCUGGUCCUACUAAGCCAGACCGCGGUGGCCCUGGGGCGGCCAAGAAAGGUAUGGCGGCCAAGAUCGGUCCAGGCGGAAAAGGCAAGGGCAAAACAAUUCUUGGAGGCAGCCAAGGGGGUGCGAAAAGACACCGGAAGGUUGUCAAAGACUGCAUUCGAGGCAUAACUAAGCCAGCGAUACGUUGCGAAGCAGCUGCCUUCCUGGUUGGCGAGAAGGGGAAAAUAAGCCAGUCACCUUUACUUCAUUACAAGACUGCUUCUGAUGGUAACGAAGCUAACUCUGAAGUUUGUAGUCGUCUUGCUCGCCGUGGCGGCGUCAAGCGCAUCUCAGCCUCUAUCUACGACGAGGCCCGGUCCGCCAUAGCCGAACGCAUUCGGCAGAUUAUUCGAGAUUGCGUGACAUUCGCCGAGUACCGAAAUGUCAAGACCAUCACCGUGUCCCAUAUCAUCUGGGCCUUACGUCGCAUGAACAACCCCAUUUACGGUUUUGAUCCCGAAACCUACGUCGAUCCCAAAGCCCGCAAGUGA